CUAACACCACGUGUCUUAUCUACUCCAUGGUGAGCCCCUUGAGAGGUAGCAUCUCUUGAAUUCAUCUCUGUAGCCAUAUCACCUAGCAUAGCACCAGGCUUUUGGUAAAUGGAGAAUGAAUGAAUAACCAUGAAUAAAUGGAAGGAAGGAUGUGUGAUUAGAGCCAGUGACUAGGGAGAGAAAGAGUUCAUUUGCGGCAAGAACAUUCUGCCCAAAGACCUCUGCCUGGAGAUGUAGUGAGUUCUCUGACCCUGGAGGUAUGUGAUGGGAGGAUGAGUCGCUAGGAGAGAGUAUUGCGAAGUUGAUUUAGACAUCAGAAGGAAAACCAGAUGAAUUUAAGGUGCUUCCAAACCUGAGAGCAUAGAACUCCAUAGAAAAGAAGCCCAGGCAGCUAAGAGAUUUGUCCUGAAUUUCCUUAGCUGAGCAGCCAUGGGGCUGCCAGUUGCUCUAGAAGUUUUCAAGUUUGUUCUGAGGACCUUGGACCAAAGCUUCCCCCUCCCUAAAGGCAUCCGACUGCUCAUGCCUGCUUGGGAAAUUCAAAGUGCACUGAGGUUAGAGUCCUCUGAGGCAGAAACCCUCAUGUAACAGGCUGCUGCCCGAGUCUGUGGCUAUCUGUAAUCAGAGAUGCAGUCCAGGCUGUUCGGACCAAAGAGGGUAAAUAGGGUGGGCGUGGCUUAGAGGCCCCACCACAGGCUGAGCCACAGAGCGGUGAGGACAGAAGUGGGACAAGUGGGCGGGACCUGCCCAGCCUCUAUAAGCAGCGGAGACAGCUUGAGGCCCUGGAGCUGAAGUCCUUCCACGAUGUGGCUCUUCGCUCUGGUCUUGACCUCCUUCACCACUUCUACGGCUUGGGGGCACCCGUCCUCUCCUCCUGUGGUGGACACCACUCAAGGCAAAGUCCUGGGAAAGUAUGUCAGCUUAGAGGGAUCCACGCAGCCCGUGGCCGUCUUCCUGGGAGUUCCUUUUGCCAGGCCUCCUCUUGGACCCCUGAGGUUUGCUCCACCACAGCCUGCAGAGCCAUGGAACUUCGUGAAGAAUACCACCUCCUACCCUCCUAUGUGCUCCCAGGAUGCGGUGGCAGGGCAGGUGAUCUCAGAGCUCUUUACCAACAGAAAGGAAAACAUUCCUCUCAAGUUUUCUGAAGACUGCCUGUACCUAAAUAUUUACACUCCUGCUGACUUGAGGAAGAAGAGCAAGCUGCCGGUGAUGGUGUGGAUCCACGGAGGGGGUCUGCUGUUGGGCGGGUCAUCAACCUAUAGCGGGCUGGUCCUCUCUGCCCACGAAAAUGUGGUGGUGGUGACCAUUCAGUACCGCCUGGGCAUCUGGGGAUUCUUCAGCACAGGGGACGAACACAGCCUGGGAAACUGGGGUCACUUGGACCAGGUGGCCGCACUCCGCUGGGUCCAGGAGAACAUUGCCAACUUUGGAGGGGACCCAGGUUCUGUCACCAUCUUUGGAGAGUCAGCAGGAGGUAUAAGCGUCUCUAUUCUCGUGUUAUCUCCCCUGGCCAAGAACCUGUUCCACCGGGCCAUCUCCGAGAGUGGCGUGGUCCUGGCUUCUAUCCUGGUCAAGAAAGACAUGAAGGAUGCAGCUCAGCAAAUCGCUGUCUUUGCCGGGUGUAAGACCACCACCUCGGCUGUCGUGGUUCACUGCCUCCGCCAGAAGACAGAAGAGGAGCUCUUGGAGAUAUCGCUGAAGAUGAAAUUUUUCACUCUUGAUUUAUAUGGAGACCCCAGAGAGAGCCAUCCCUUCCUGCCCGCCGUGGUGGACGGAGUACUGCUACCAAAGAUGCCCGAAGAGAUUCUGGCUGAGAAGCAAUUCAACUUUGUUCCCUUUAUCAUCGGAAUCAACAAGAAUGAGUUUGGCUGGAUUCUUCCAAUGUUAAUGGGUUACCCACUCUCUGAAGGCAAGCUGGACGAGAAGACGGCCGAGUCACUCUUAUGGAAGUCCUACCCCAUUGUCGGCAUCCCUGAGGACCUGAGUCCACAGGCCAUUGAGAAGUAUUUAGGAGGGACAGAUGACCCUGUCAAAAAGAAAGAUCUAUUCUUGGACAUAAUUGGAGAUUUGGUAUUUGGUGUCCCAUCUGUGGCUAUGGCCCGUUACCACAGAGAUGCCGGAGCCCCCACGUACAUGUAUGAGUUCCAGUAUCAUCCGAGCUUCUCGCCGGACAAGAAACCCGAGACGGUGUUAGGGGACCAUGGGGAUGAGCUCUUCUCCGUCUUCGGGGCACCAUUUUUAAGAGGAGGUGCCUCAGAAGAGGAAAUGAGACUCAGCCAGAUGAUGAUGAAAUUUUGGGCCAACUUUGCUCGGAAUGGGAACCCCAAUGGGGAAGGGCUGCCCUCUUGGCCGCCAUACGACCAGAAGGAAGGGUACCUGCAGAUUGGAGCCAACACUCAGCCAGCCCAGAAGCUGAAAGACAAGGAAGUGGCUUUCUGGACCGAGCUCCUGGCCAAGGGGGCAGCAAAAAAGCCACCGCACACGGGACACGUUGAGCUGUGAAUGGGUGGCCUGGCUGGCCUUGGAGCCCAGUCUGGGGUAUUCAUUCUAUAGAAGGUGUUUAUGAGCCAAAGAGGGAUCUUAUUGGACAAGGCUGGGAAUCUGUCUGCCAGGGGAGGGCAGAGGCCAGGGAGGGGGAAUUGUGGCCAAUUUAAGGAAUAAAUGUUCUCAUGGAGACCA